AUGCUUUCAAAUAGAAGAAGCAAGGUCACAACUAAAUCGAGCAGUCAUCAGAGAAAAUAUGGCAGAAAAAUAAUGAAUCCCUCAUCAAGAACUGCAGAUAAGAGCAAUCUUAGAAGAGGAACGUGCAAACAAGGGGGUAUUAUUGAAGGUGACUUACAGGGCAGUAAAGACAGCGGUUUUGCAGAACAGGAACACAUAUCCACUGGACAUGAACUGACUAGCUACUCCACUUUAAUGUCUGUAAAUAAUAGCAACGAUAGAACAUCUAUCUGUAAAAAUGAUUUCAUUAGAAUUGAAGAAAAUCAAAGCAAGAACAACUCAGACUAUUCGCUCAAAACAAUAGAACAGGAGAUUACCAAUGUCACCAAGUGCGAACAAUCAAAUAUUGCGGAUGAUAUGAAUGAAUUUGAGGAACAGGACUUUGAAGAGGUUGAUAUUAUGUCUGGUGACAAAGACAAUGUUUUCCUAGAGAAUGACAACUUAAGCCAAGGAAGCAAUGGGUCUGAAAGCUACCCUGAAUCUGCACUCGUCUCUUCUGUGGGUUACCAUAAUGUAGCAGGACAUUCUUCCCAAACAUACGAGGAGUUUCAACUAGAUCUGAGCGAAAAUGACGACGAGGCCUUAAAGGAGGAGUUGAUGCAUAUUUUUGAAAGAGAGAGAAUGGCUAUAGAGAUGUAUUUCAAGAACAAAAUGGAGGAACGUUUGCGCGUAUUCAGAAGUAGACAGCUAGAGUACGAGGAAACAACACGAGCGGAAAAGAUAGAGCUUGAGCAUAAUGUUUCAAUCGAGAAAAUGGAAAUGCAGAAUACGUUUGCAAAAGAGGUCGCCAAACUGACGCAUACAUUCAACGAGGAGAGACAACAGUUGGAGGUGUAUUACAAAGAAAAGUUGAAAGACCUAAGGGAAAAUAUUGAAAUCGAAAAAAAGAAUAUGGAUGAGAAAUCCUCUAAAGAGAAAAUUGAGUUUAAGGAAAAUCUCGAAGCCGAAUAUCAGGCGAUGGUCAGGAAAGAAGUCGCUCAUGAAAAGAAAGAAGCAGUCCAAGAAAGAUCAGAAUUGGAAGCACGUUUCUACCGUGAAAAAUUAGAGCUUGAAAAUUGCUACACCCUUAAGUUGACCGAAGCUGAAACAAGUCUGCAAAAACUUAAGGCAGAAUUUAAGGCAAAUUUAGUAGAAGAAAGAAUGCGAAUGGAAAAACAAACACAGGAUAAUAUAAGAGAAAUUGACGCUAAGCUAAAGGAAGAGAGCCAACUGAUACACGAUAAGGAAAAAGAGUUGGAGCAACAGAAAGAGAUGUAUGCCAACGAAGAUUCCUUUAACAAGAAAGAAAAUGAACGGCUUAGGAAUGACAUCGAUGCUCUUCGACGAGAAGUAGAUGACAAAAACCGAGAAAAUAUGCAACUUAAAUCUAUGGAAGAAAAGGUGAAGCUAAGAGGACGCGAAGGGAUGGAAGGAAAGCUGAGAGAUGAUUUUGAGAGACUGUUAUCAGAGCACAAGUUAGAACUGGACAAGAGUUAUGAAAAAGACAAACAGAAGCUUGAUGAAACCUUACAAUCCGAAAGACGACAAAUAAAGGAGGAGAACGAUAAAGAGAAAGAGAAAAUCAAGGCAGAGCAAGAAGAAAUAAGAAUUACAAGGGAAAGACUUCAAGCUGAUGAAAAGUCCUAUCCAGAGAGAGAACAGCAGUACAGGCCUGAGAAUGAAUCAGUGAUGUAUUCUCUAGGUGGCUAUCAGGCAAGUGGUCAUGGACAGCACGAUAGAAAGACCAAACCGAGGAGUGUAGGCCAAUGGGCAGUACCAUCUGGCAGUGUAGAGAUUGGUCUCGCGCACAGAACAUCAUAUAGAGAAAACCAGCGUCAAAACCUAGAUGUCGGUACACUAGAUGAAGAGCCUUUUAGUGAAAAUCCACUUGAAUCGACAAGUGGAGCAAAAGGUUUUGUUUCAUCCUACAAACUGUCUACUGAUGUUGGUCAUCCAUAUAAGGGAGCACCGUCCACGCAACAGCAACAGGAACCAGGUCAAUACAGUCUUGGUGAUUCUUCCUCAGCUGGUUUCCUAAAGGAAUAUCCCACUGGAAAGUCGCAAUUUCACAUCACUUUUGACUACCACGAGAAAACAGGGCUCCCAAAAACCCAGCCCUCUGAACAAAAGCCUGAGACUGAAGUUAACUAUCAAUUCGGGCCGGGAGCCAGUUCACGUCACCGAGUAGUUUCAGAAGAACGUGAACUGAUAGCCGAAUUGAGAGCAUUAAAAAGCGAGCACGAAGGUUUGAAAGCGAAGAUUGCAGCUUUGGAAGAGAACAUAGAACUGCAUAAAAGAUAUAAGAAGGAGGCAAAGGCAGAAAUGGAAAGGCUUCUAAAAGAGAACGAAGAAAAAGAUCUCAAAAUACAGCAUUUAACUCAGGAGAUUAAAAACAUGACAGAAAAAAAGGCCAGCGAAGUAAAAGCAGAUAUCCAAUAUGAAGGGUCAGAGUUAAAAUUACACACUAGUAACGACGGGGAAACACUGGCUCACACAGAGACCAGAGAAAUGGAGGGGAGACUAAAAGGAUUGGAGGUACAUGCAGUAAGAGCUGAUAAGAGAGCAAAAGAAUAUGACGUGAGCAUUAGAGACACCGAGAAACAGAGCAAGGAGAAAAGAAAGGAAAAUGAUUUACAAGAUGAAUGGAAUUCAUCGAGUCGACAGAAGGUAAAGAUAAAUAUCACUAAACCCUCGGACGUACAAGUGUGUGUGUGUGGGGGGGGGGUUGAUGCCACCCCCCCAUAAGGUAUUUCUGAGUUUUUUUUCCUAGAGGAUAAAACAUCAGUGCCUGACGUUUUCAGUAGCUGUUCGUUCAUCCCUCGCGCACAUUUUAAGACACGUUUCGUGAUGAUCAGUUGCUAUGGUUACUUAUGACGUGACGUCAUAAGUAGCAGGUGGUCAAGCCAAUUUUGGGUGAAAAUAUAAGUUUUUUUUAAACUUCUUUCAACAAUCAAAGUAAAUCUUGUGGCUAAAAUCAUGCAAAGUGCUUAUUUAUGUUAUUUGUCAUUUAAAACACAAAAAAUUACCAUUUCUCUCAGGUUUAACCUGAUUUCUAAUUCUAAGUAAAAUCCAAGAUGGCCACCAUUGUUGGUGACGUCACAGGUCCCCAGCAGCGCCACCACCCCUAAAAUAUACCUCAUCUUUUUAAGAAGAUCAAAAGCUUUCCACUAAGGGUAAAAUCGUUUCAAAAUACUGCAACGUAUCAAAAACUCAGGGGAGGGGCUCCAUCCACUCCCCCUUGUACCAAGGUGGGGGUAUGAAUUUGCAUGUACGUGCGAGGGUUAAAUUUCUAAAAGAAAAGCCCUUUCCCUUUAGAAAAUGGAAGGGGAGAGAAGCGUUUCAAUGUUAUCCGCUGUCAGCGCCAUGUAAGAGGGGAGGAUGCAUAAAUGACAUUCUGAAGUGUGAUUAACCGGAGUCAGGGCCUUUUCUGAGGGGAGAAUAGAGGAGCCUUUAAGAUAGAUGAAAUGAAAUGCGAGGCUUCAUCUGAACACAAUUCAAACAAUAAAUGAAGUAUAAUAAGAGUUGCACCUAAAAGGUACUUUCCUCAAUUUCCGGCAUUUUACAGCCGUAAUUACCAGAAACGGCAUGACUGUGUAAGGCAAAUAACUUACACCCUUUCUCAUUUUAGGACAAACUACGCUACGAUUCUGUGUCUACAAAUGGUUCACAAGAUUCCUAUUAUAAGGUGAGUUUUACAAGUGACUAUUCCUGGUUUGCACAAGUAGUUACAAAAAGGUAAAAAUAAUUUUCAUGAGAAAGCGUUAGGAAUUCUUCAUGCCCAGGGAGGCACAUUUUUCAGAUGGGACAAUGAAACAGAUCUGUAUUCUGUCAUCAGAUAUCGAAUUCAAUUAAAAGCAUCCAUAUUUUUUUUCUUUUGUCUUUUUCACAGCUUUAUUGGGUGCUCCUCUAUCUGUAUAAAUUUAUAACACAACACACACACACACACACACAAAAAAAGAAGCAAAAACCCAAAAGGGGUAGGUGCAACGGGACUAACGUCCCAUGCGAGGAACCGCCCCUAGAUUAAGACCUAGGUUAAAAAAAAUAAAAUGAGUGCACGAACAUUCGUACAAAAAAUAAAAUAAAUUACGAGUGGCAUGGGCACGUAGGGACUAGUGUCCACGUGCAGGGGUAAUUGAUUUCAUGUACCCGCGAAAGGUAAUUUGCGAACAAAAAGUUGAAAGGCAGUAGGCGAGGAAAAACUGGUUGGGGGUGCUAGCUUACAAACAUAGUUCCAUAGUUUAACAAUACGGUUAAAGUACGAGGCCUGCAAAGACGAUGUUUUGGAAAAAGGGGUAAGAAGAUUAAAGGAGUUACUUAGUCUUGUACGAUCAUGAGAAACAAAAGAUAAUCUGCGUUGAGUGAAAAUACUUUGAAAACGCGCCGUGUUAACGCUCCAAAAAAACAAACCAUUAAGUCUUUAUCUUCACAGGAUCUACAGGAGGCCAUGGAGCGUUUGACCCCCUUUGUGAAACUGGCAAACAUGCUAGAAAUUUGAUGAACUAAGUUCACGCAAACUGAAUCCCAAAAUUCACUGUGCUUGAAUGACGCAGUUUCGGCCGUCUUAUCUUCAAAUUUUUACUGGAAAGUUCCCUUUGUUGGAAAUUUAUUAUCAAUUAUUUUUCUUGUGCGGUACUUGUAUUGACCAAUAGAGAAGGAGUUUGGACAUUUCAGCCAAGUGAAUCAUCUAAACACGCUCACUUCCCACCAGAAAAGUGCUCAUCUGAAUGUCGACACGACAAACUACUAAGAACCCUGGACACCCUCCCUUCGUUAAAAAAUUCUUUUUUACGCCCCCUCCCCCCUCAUUGUUUUUGUUUUUUUGUUUUUUAACCUUUUGUUAUAUAUUUCUUUUUUACUCCAAUUUUUCUUAUAACCAUUUAUGUCGCCGGCUAAAUACGAAGCUACUUUGCGGGAGAAGGAUCAACUUCUUCAAGUCGUCAAAGACUUGAAAGUGAAGAUCAAUGAUCUUCAGGAAAAGCAGGCCUCAGAACUUCGUAACAGUAGGGUAAAAAGCUUCGACUCUCGUUCCUAAAAGUUUUAGAUGCAUCAGGUUUUUCCUUACAGAUAUUUGGCGUUAUACGUGGCUAAUCAGUUUUUCGAUCCGCUUUUUUUCCUUUUCAGCCUGUAGAAAGGUCACAAGAGAAGAAUGGUGAAACUGAAAGACUCAAACAGUUGGUAACAGAGAAUUCAUCCCUUAAGGAAAGAACAUCAGAGCUUCAAAAUCAGCUUACUCGUCUUCUGGAAAAAUUAAAAUCUGAGAAAGAAAAAGUGAGAUUUUUCGUUUUUGCUUCUUUGGUUUGUUUUGUUUUGGUGUGUUUUUACCAAUGAUAUCCCAUCUAAUGGAAAAAACUUAAAUGCUACUAACACUAACAUGUUAUAGGAGAAACGAAAAAAGACUCCUAAGAAUGCUAUCAAUUCAUACGCAUCUACAAUCAGUGAAUAGAAAGAACUGCCAUAUAAAGGCCCUUCCAUUUCAACUUUGUAGUCGCAGAAUAGGACAUUUUGGAAAGGAGGUGUUUUCAGUCGGUCAUUUAGCCAGUUUAUGAAUUCUAUUAGCAACCCGGUAAAUGAGUAUUUCCCAUAGUCGGCCUUUAGCGUAAUGUGAAAGCUAACUGUCACAAAAUUUAUCCACUUUUCAAUGAUUGCAGGCUGCCUUUCUUGAAACCAAGUUACCUUCCCACGAGCUCAAAACGUUUUACAAUAUAGAGGAAAUGGAGAAAAGACUCAGAAGGACUGGUCGAGAGCUUUCGGGAACUCAAGAAAACCUGGACUCUGCUACGUUGAGGAGGAUCGAAAAAGAAAUUCUCACCAUUGGUGACAUUGUGAAAACCCAGUAUGGAGACAGAAGUUUUGGUCACGUGUAUUAUAGAUCAACCAAUGAGGCCGAAGCACGUGCUACUCAGCUGGAAGUCGAGAAGAAACAAUUGGAGAUGAAGCUACAAAUCGCGCGAGAAGCCAUGAGUGAAUACGUCAAACGUUUAAAUGAAAAGGUAAGUGCAUGGCGAGAAAUGCAACAUUAGAUAAUCAUGGAUGGUAAAAAGACUGGGGUUUCUUACCAUAUAUACGCUUUAAUGCAAGUGUAACACAGAGUGCAAUAAGCAUAUUGUUUUUUAUUAUAUACAUACUGAGAAAUACUCACCAAAAAGCUAUGUCGUAAAUUUUCGUACGCAAAUGAGUUCUAGCCAAUCAGAGGAGCGAACGAUGGUUUUCACACGUGAAAAAAAUGAUACGUCCAAUCAGAAUCGCGAACGAUGUUUUUUCACGUGUGAGAAAAAUGAUACGUCCAAUCAGAAGCCACAGAGGUGUGUGAGUUUCGCGCCAAAAUUCCCGCCUUUUAUUGCAGCUUUCAGCGCCGCUUGGCACACAUUCAACGAGAAAAGUUUUACUUAAAGAGUUUUUCUCACUAAAAAAGUGAAAAACAUUUCGGAAAUGGAGUGGAAUAGUUUCGUUUGUUUCACUGUCCAUAAAGAAAGCGGUAGACAGCCGGCGAAACAACAGCGGAAAGGGAAAAACAGAACGAGACGUAAGCUUUUGUUGUGCUUUUUGUCGGAGCUACUUUGCCUUCAUUUAAGCUUAAGCUUAUAUUGAAACCGGCCAUUUUACUUAAAUUCACUCAUUUUCAAUUGUGCAUUGAGAACAAACAGUUAAGAUUACUUAUAGUUCUUGGAUUACCCCAUAAUCUUACCGUCAUUUAUGUUUUUAACAAACGUUUUUACCAAAAAGCUGAUACUUCGUUUUCGUUGUCAUUUUGCGGUAAGUGUGUAGCGGCAAAUUUUAGCAUUUUUGAAAGAUUUAAAAUAAAAAGGCCGCCAAAAUGAUGAAUGUCUCAAUAUGUAUAUAAUAAACACAAUACCACAUGGAAAGUGCUGGCGUACGGUAUUUACGCACUCGUUGUUUUUGUAUCAGAAAUCUUACUCGUUCGCUGCGCUCACUCGUUCGAUUUCUGAUACGUCAACAACUCGUGCGUAAAUACCGUACGCCAGCACUUUCCAUGAAGUAUUCUCUAUAUGUUAAUCCCCUGAUACGAAUACAUGUACAUCCUGCUCACAUUGGGGGUGGCUCCUCCUAAAACGUUCUGAAAUUGUUGCAAGUUUAAACGAAGCCGAUACCAAUUGUGGAAUUGCAAGCAGUUUAGACAUGAUUUUUAAAGGGUUACUGUAUUUAGAGGGGGGAAGCUCAUUCCCAGUCGCGCGUGUCUCGUGUCUGGCGCUCCUCGCUCGCUUCUUACUAGGUUUCGCUCCAUUGUUACGUAUGCAACCUUUAAUACGCUAUAAAUCUGAACAGUGAGAAGUUAUAGAAAUCAUUAUAAAUCAUACCUUUAUCCUCGAUUCAUUCGUUGAUUUAUAUUGCUGCGGGGUAUUCUCAUAAGUAAUCCUGAAACAAAGAAUCCCCGAACAAAAUUGUUUCAAUCUAGAACACGUUGUCCUUAGUUACUAGCCUUUAACAUGAGAAAACAAUUUUUACUCGUAAAAGGUUUGUAAAGUUGGAGUUAAUUUGUAAACCAGCACCUGAACCAGUUUGUUUUAGUAAAGAAAAGCAGUUUUGUUUUUGGAAACAAAAGCAGAAAUUUGGGUGAAGUGAUGUUCUGGCUUCCGCUUAAUUUCAUAAACUAAAAACAAGAGAUUUUUCUCUUACUUAACAAUAAGUUGCAAUUAAAAGGCCCGUGUAAAAGUCCUUUCUUGUCGCUUUGUGAAAAUCGACAAUUUCUGACAAUUAAAUUAAGAUUCGUCAAUGUUGGAAGUCUUUUUUCAAUGAAUAAUAGAGGCUUGGUUUUCCUUUGUUGAUAAAGCUGUGUUCCGUACGAGACAUACCACAUAAAGAACAUGUUGAAGACAUUAAGAUAAACGCUUUUAACGUCCCAUCGAGCUACCAUAAACGGUACAAAGGAAUGCGCAGCUCAUAGAUUAACGCGUCAACUCUCCUUACUUUUCGCACAGUUUACACUCAUGACGUACGCAAAAAUGCAUGAGCAACCGAGCAGACACGCGAAUAAGUCUUCAAGUCACACCCAAAUCAAAUUUCUCUUGAAUUGCUGGAAGUCAGUGAGACAGUUGUAUCAAGUGAUUUUGGAAACCAAACAUCCCAAUAUAUAUAUAUAUAUAUAUAUAUAUAUAUAUAUAUAUAUAUAUAUAUAAAUACUUGUAUUCUGGGUAGAACGUAUUCCGUAGAGCGCUCAAUUCAUUUAAUUGAAGAGCAUUGACUAUUAAUAAUCACAGGAGUUCAGGCUUCAGGAGUAAUCAUUGAUCGUUUAUUGCGACAGUGCUGUUUCGUAUGGUCCGAAAUAGAUAUGAAACAGAUAUGUACUUCAGAACUCUAGAGUAACGUAACUAAGACACAAUCCAUCUGUUACCUAGAUACUAUCUCUUAACGCAUCCCUAUAUUUACUGCCAGCUUUUAAUUUUAACGGUCAAUCGUUGAAGUUGCCUGAUGAGUGUGGUCCUACAAUUUCGGACCAUACGAAACAGCACUGUCGCAAUAAACGAUCAAUGAUUACUCCUGAAGCCUGAACUCCUGUGAUUAUUAAUAUAUAUAUAUAUAUAUAUAUAUAUAUAUAUAUAUAUAUAUAUAUAUAUAUAUAUAUAUAUAUAUAUAUAUAUAUAUAUAUAUAUAUAUAUAUAUAUAUAUAUAUAUAUAUAUAUAUAUAUAGUAAUAUAAUGAAUUGAAGAUUUCAUCAGCUAUUAAAGUGCUCAAUAGGUAAACUAGAGCGAUGUGUAGAUUUGCAGAGUUGGAUUAUUUGGUCGAAGACAUUUAUUGCUACUCAGAGUUUCAUGCUCCUUGCGGAGCAAUCAUCAGGCAACUGCUAAAAAUAACGGAUACAUAUGAAGAUAUACAAAAUUUGAAAAUACAGAACAAUGCGUAGUGGCAUGACAUGCAGAAAUAUGAUUGGUUGCUAAGCGAAUACGUUCUUCAAGAGGAAUUUCUUAGAAUGUCUACAAUUAGAUAUCAGUUCGCUUCUGUUGUUCAGGGUUGACAUUUCGGGUUUACAGAUAAUAAAAUAUUUUUCCCAUAAGCAAGAGAUGUAACUUGUGUUUAUGGGAAAAAUAUUUUAUUAUCUGUAAACCCAAUAAUCCAACUCUGCAAAUCUAUAUAUAUAUAUAUAUAUAUAUAUAUAUAUAUAUAUAUAUAUCCUUAAGAUGAUGCCUUUCAUAAAACCCUUAUUUUACGGGUGACCCAAACGUGCAUUGUUUCUCCGAUUGGCCCACGAGCAAACUUUCCAUUUGGGGUAUAUCGGCAAGAGUCACGGGCGAAUGUAGCCUCCCACGCAGGCGUUUUUAGGGGAGCUCGUAUUUCUUCCCUCCCCACAAACGCCUGCUCAACGGAAAACAACAUUCCUUUCCCAAGCUUAGCCAAUCACAUUGUACUUUCCAAAUUCUGGAAAGUUGACCUGGACCGCAAGGUAAUCUGAUAAUUACUUGAUCUGCAUUAAACACUGGGAAAGCUUUCUGACCUGCAAUAAAUGUUAGAUUCAGAGCGGCAAAAAUAAGUUUUAGUCAAAAUUCAGAAUACUCCGUGCACUGCAUAUAACCUCGGAAGGAAAGAAAAGAAGGAAAACGGUAACUCUAAGGUCACGUUCAGUCGUGUGUAGCCUGUCAACACUUCAUUGCACAAUUGUUGAUUGGUCACCUACCACGCAAAUAAAACAAUGAGAAAGGAAUGUUGUUUUCCGUUGAGCAGGCGUUUGUGGGGAGGGAAGAAAUACGAGCUCCCCUAAAAACGCCUGCGUGGGAGGCUAGGGCGAAUGGCACAACAGGAGAUGCGGAUGAGUUGGGUGGAUAUCUGGAAAGCUUGCUGAGCAGGCUAGCAUUUUGCAAGUCGGAAAUCUGGGUUUUGGCCAUUGAACCAUGGAGUUUGUAUCGAUAAACGUAGCAGGAAUUAACAGAAAUAAACACCGCCAAGGUUUGAUGACACUUUCAAAAUUUACUUGUACUCAUAAAGUGAUUGGUCGAUAUUUUUGGAUUAAAAAAAGAAAAAAGAAAGAAAAAGAAAUAGCGAAUCUCGGCUAGGUUUAUCAAUAUAUCACUCCUUUGCUUAAUUUUUAAAGCUUUUUAGUACCCAGUUUUCUGAAGCGCACGUUGUGCUUCGGUCAUUUGCGCUAAUACACCAAUUUAUGAAUUAAACAAAAUUCAAACUUGGCUCCGAGGGUUUCUCCGAUAUGAAACCCUGCAUCUCAACGCUCUUUCUUUUGUCUUCACUCAUCACCCUCGAAGCCAAGUAAGAAUUUUGAAUUAUUUAAAAUUUGGUUUUGCUUGCAUAGAUGCAGGAUGUGACGAGUAUGACUGGAAUCUCCGAAGAAAUCGUCCAGGAGUUACACUCCAGGAAUAACAGCUUAAAAAAGAGUCUACAGGCCCUCGAGGAAGGGCAGAAAGUGUCUCACCUGCAGAAUGAACAACUUCAACAUCAGAAAUCAGCUCUUCAAGACCUCAUAGGCGGCUUGUGCAGAGACGAGAAGAUACCUGGUACGUCAUAUAACUCGUCAUCAAGACUCCUGGAUACCAAGCAUGACGGAAGAAGUCACGUGGCUAGAAGUACUUCACCCAGUUACCAAGACUACAGAUAUGACAACAAGUAUAGCAUAGGCUUUGAAAACAGACACCGUGCGAACGAUGACAGUGAGAGCGAAAGAAAGCUGUCAUAUAAAGAAUUACAAGAGCCCAAAAAUGAAGCAUGCAGCCGGUGUUCUAGAGUGGAUCAAUUUUCCACGGUAUUUGAGGAAUAUCCAAGCAGAUAUUCCAACUAUGAGUAUAAAGAUUUCGGACGAGUUGGCGGUCUGUAUUGA